UUUUGAUUUUGACAGAUGGAUGGUCUUUAAGCCCAAGGUCAUGCCACAUUUGUUGUUUUUGCCUUUGUUUUUGACUAUUUAAUAUUUGGAUAUUUUUUCAAUUGAACCCAAAUAAUUCAACACAUCAAUACCACUUUUUCACCAAGCAGAUGUUCCCGAUCGAACGAAUAAACAACCAUUGAUGAUACAACGUCAAUUUGCAUAUUUACAAGUUGAGUGUGUACCAGAGUUUCUAAUCCUAAUCUCUUUAAGGUAAUCCAUUAAAUACGAUGUUUAAAACCGUGGUGAAUCAUCAAUGCUAAUGUAGCGUAAGUAGGCCGUAACUAGAACAAUGUCAAAGGAAAAAGAAUAUGGGGUUUUACUGAACAACAGCGUACUGAAGGAUAUUCAUCGACAGCAAACAAAAACAGCUUUGCUAGGGCAAGUGGUCAUUAUUGAUGAGAAACAUCCACCGAAUGUUGUUCUGAGAUUCUUGAAAGAAGGAGAUACAUGGGAGUCUACACCUUUCGUUUGUCCAGAAGAUAACAUUUUGUAUGUUAGUGCUAAACUUUGGCCAUUCUUUGCUUCUAUUACAUCACCCCAGGAGAGAGUUAAGCUAGCGAAGAAUACAAAGCUGUGUAAAAAGUUGCAAAAUGUUGGGAAGGAUAUGAUUGUUGGUUUUGCUGAUGUUAAAGAUAUUUACCUGGGAAAAGUAAAAUAUAUUGGCAUAGUAAAAGGAAUGGGCUAUUGCUUUGGAAUUGAGCUGCAUGAGAAGAAAAAAGACAACUAUUGCAACGGCUCCUGUGCUGGAAUUCAAUAUUUUGAAUGUGCUCCAGGUUAUGGUGUCUUCACAACAAUAGAAAGAAUCAUUCCACAGAGUUAUGCUAAUGGCCCUCCAUCUCCCCCUUUGAGAACCCCCUCCGAAUUGGACGUGUGUCUAGAGAAAAACUUACAAAGCAUGAUCAACAGUAACAGCUAUGAAAAACCAAAAUAUGAAAACAUCGUUACUAAGUAUGGAGAGUAUUCAAACAAAACUUUGACUUCUACUAAUAAGCCUGUCAGUGGCCUAAGGAAUUCCUUAUCUUUGCAAGACAUCGUGGAGAAUACCAGUGUAAAUACUAACAAUGAUUUUGACCAGAAUACCAUCAUACAGUCUGAUAAGACUCAUUUGACAAAUGAGCAGAGGAAAAUCAAAAAUAAAUCUGAAAUGGACUUGAUUGAGGUGAUUGGUGGCACGUGGUCCGGUUCGACAGAUAGCAAAACGUUAGAAUCAUUUAGUGAUUUGAAAAAAAACCUUGACAAAAACGAUAAUUUAAAGGAAAAAUACUCACAAUCUCAGUAUAAAAGUAACACUUGGAGCAAGAGGAAUAAGAGCGUUAAUCUUCUGUCUCACUUUAUUGACUCCCAUCAUAGUAGUAAUACUCUCAAAAGGACCGCUAAGUUUUACACUGAUUCUGUAGAAAAUGGUGAGGAAGAUGCAAGGAUUCACAGCGUUAAAAAGCCGGAAAAUGUUAAGAAGUUGAACGAGAAGGUGGAUCAACAGCAGAAACCUACGUCGAAGUUUUACGUGCACGAGACCCCGAAGUAUCUAGAACCUCAGCCGGGUACCACUAAGGAACUGGCUAUUGGAAGCUUGGUAGAGAUCUCUAAUGACGUGAGUGAGACGCCACUAUACGGAGUUGUACGGUGGAUGGGAGUGGAACAAGGAACUAAUUUUGUGCUGGUAGGUGUGGAGUUAGAAGAGGAACAGUCUCAUCUGCCUUUAAUGUUGACAGAUGGAGUGCAUAAUGGAGAAAGAUAUUUUAAGUGCUCUGAAAAAAGGGCGCUAUUCGUACCUUUGGACCAAUGCAGUAAGGAUUCAAGGUUUCAGGAUGGAAAUCCUACACCUGUCAGUCAGCCUUCUGCAGCUGAACACAUCAAACCACUUGAAUGCCCUGUGAUACCUGGAGCAGUAGCUCCUCUUUGCAUGCCUACAGAAGAAGAUGUGGAAGCAGUUUGUGGGAAAUUUCGGGGAAUCCAAGGACACCACAACUCGUGUUACUUGGAUGUCACUCUUUUCUCCAUGUUCACCUAUACAGCAGUAUUUGAUAGUUUAUUGUUCCGUCCUAAAAAUAAGAAUGAUAUAGAUGAUUAUGAAGAGGUUCAACGGGUGUUGAAGGAAGAGAUUGUCAACCCCCUCCGCAAAAACCUUUACGUAAGCGCGGAUCACGUAAUGAAACUCCGCAAACUUUUGGACAAGCUCAGUUCUGUAUCCGGCCUAACGUGCGAAGAAAAAGACCCCGAGGAAUUUCUAAAUUCUUUGCUUGCUCAGAUUCUUAAGGCGGAACCGUUUCUCAAGCUGAACUCCGGACAAGAGGCUUUCCACUAUCAGCUGUUUGUGGAAAAAGAUGCGGGUCUCAGUCUUCCUACAGUGCAACAGUUAUUUGAACAGAGCUUCCUCACCAGCAAUAUCAAACUGAAAGAGGUACCAUCUUGUCUUAUCAUUCAUAUGCCAAGGUUUGGGAAGGACUACAAAAUGUAUCCAAGGAUUUUGCCCUCUCAAUUGUUAGAUGUAACAGAUAUUAUAGAAGGAUCUCCAAGGCAGUGUAUUGUUUGCGGAAAGCUAGCAAGGUUUGAAUGCACGGAAUGCUUUGAUGAUUGUAGUAGUGCUGGCCUAGAAAGUACCGCUUUUUGUUUAGAAUGUCUGAAGAUUACUCACAAACACGAGAAGAGGAGGAAUCACCAACCUAUUCAACUAGAGAUCGCCGAUGAUUUUUCGCUGAUGCAAGAUGCCUACCGACCCCCAAGACUGUUCAUGGAAUUAUUUGCUGUUAUAUGUAUAGAAACUUCUCACUAUGUGACGUUCGUUAAAUGCGGCGUAGGUCACGAGGCACCUUGGUGUUUUUUCGACUCUAUGGCGGAUAGAUUAGGCGAAAGGAACGGUUUCAACAUCCCGGAGAUGGUUGCUUGUCCAGACAUUUCCAGCUGGUUGUCAGACGAACAGCUUUGCAGGCGGCUGCACGAGGAAUACCCAAAUGACCGGUACUUACCUGAACACGCGAGGAGGCUAUUGUGCGACGCGUAUAUUUGCAUGUACCAAAGUCCAGAUGUCAUGAUGUACAGAUAAGCGCUGGUUACUCUACAUGUUUACGUAUUUUUUCUCCGGAGUAGCAUUUUGCCCACGAGCUCUUCAAGAAUGCCACGAAGAAAACUACUUGAAGCCAUCGAUAUAUAGAUAUAGACACUGGCCAAGGAAGCAACGUCGCACAUAAUCACCAAAACUACCACAACUUUUAAUCAGAUGCCUUUUUGUUAUAAUUUUGCACUGUUGGCGAUAGUGAGACUUUUUUAUCUCUUUAUGGAAAACAAAUAUGGAGUAUGUCAUUGAAUUUAAGUGUUGUCUCCUUUUUUGAGCUGAAGUAUCGUGGAAAAUAUACGUGUAGGUAUGAUCACGUUCUAUCUUCAUCGGCAACAGAAAUUCAAUCGUAUCGGUUAAUUUCUUUCGCGGGAGGUUUGUAAUCGAUUCUCUACUAUUUUCACAUUUCUACUUCAAUUUUUUACAAUACGCUAGUAAAAAAACGAGUAUGAUCUGCUUCAUCCUUAAAAAACGGACUCAAGCAAUCUAUUUCAGUUGUUUUUUUUUAUAAUAGAACACGGGUAUCAUAUACACUGAAAACCAAAUUUCUCUGACGGCUUGAGUUCACUGUGUAGGCAAGAGACGUGUGUAUAGACAGUUAUUGCUGUUUCUCAAGAAUAGUGACACUAUUCAAAAAAAGCUUUUUUCAGGGGAGGCAUUAUUAAUAUUUGUUGCAGAACAAUUUCGGGUAUCUGAAGAUAAAGUUAAUAAUUUGGAUUUAGAAAAAUUAUCAAUUAAAUGACGUUCAUUGGACUUUCCGAUUUAUUGAAUAAAAGAUCAGUAUGUUUUCAAAAAUAUCCCAUUUUAUUACUUUGUUUUGCAACUUUACAGAAAUUCCUGCCAUUAUUCCUUAAAAAAAGUAAUGCAUUUCUGAAAAUAUACAUAUGACAAAUAAUUCGUGGUUCCAGAACAAAGAGGGAAAAAUUAUUUUAGUAUUACUACUAGUGAUACACAACUAACAUUUUAAAGGCUACGUGGAGGUAAGUACAGAAAAAAAAACAAGUGCAAUACAAAAAUGGGCCACAAAUUAUAUUGUAAAAAUCCGGUAUGGGGGUAUUAUAUUUUUUUUUACUAAAUUAAGUAAGGCGCUUUUCUUUUUCUCGGAAAUGGGAAUAUUACGUUUGUAUGCUUUAUCCAGAGUAACUCUAGGACCUGUUUUUUUGAUUCGUUUUUCUUAGAUCUUCUAUGAGAUUUUUUAUCUACCUCAACUUUACGAAAAUCAGUCUCACUGCAUGAGUUUUUCUAGAAGAAUUCUACCCUUAUUAUUUUAACAUCGGAUAGUUUAAAUGACUCAUUUUCCGGAUUUUUAUUUUGUUUGUUUGUUGAAGAUUUAUUUAGCAUUAAUGCUACAAUGUCAAUUUUGUAUAAUGAUUCGGUUACAUAUUUUAAGUGAUUUUUUAAUUUUACCUUAAAUAUUUUUAAAUUCGAACUGUGUUUAAUAUCAUUAUUCAAUUUAUUAAAUUCAAAUACUCCAUUUUGAAAUAUAGAUUUACAAGUUAUGCUACUAUUACAAUUUUGCAGAUGAAAAU